ACGGGUGUUAUUCUACUUAUUAGUAAAAUAUCGUACCAAAUAAUUAAUGUUAGUGUGAAAGCAUAAUGUUGACCCCACGCUUCAAGUUAACUCAGGACGAGAAUCACGUCUUUAUAACCGUGCACGCUCCGUACACAAACAUCGGCGACACAGAAAUAGAUGUGGAUGGCGAACAUUUUCUGUUUGUCUCUAGUCCGUACUUCUUGCGACUACGUCUGCCUGGCCGGAUUGUCGAUAAUGAUAGCUCUAAAGGCUCAUACAUUUGCGAUUCAGGCGACUUCAAUUUAACCUUUGACAAAGAAACCCCAGGCGAAAAUUUUGAAAACUUGGACAUGAUCACAAGCCUGCUUGCUCCUAAGGAUAUACCAGAUAUGAAUCCUAAUCUAGUAGAAAUGUUAGAAGAAGACGGAAUCACUCUAGAAAACGAAAACAAUGAAAUUAUUGACUACAGUAACAAGUAUUCAUAUGGAUUCGCUAAUAAAUUAACAACUGAGUUUAGCAACAUUGGAUCCGAGUUUCCGCAAAUAUUUGAGUUACGAGUUCCUGAAAAUGUCUCUAUUGAAGAAAGAACAGCUAAAAGAAUCAAACAUGAGAAUGAUAAGUUUUCCUCCGACCACUAUUUAGCUGAUUUCUAUGAUGAAGAACUUUUAGAACCGUUUCUAACAGGUACAGUGUCAUGGAAUGAACCAAAUUUCAACAAAGAGAUUGAAUUUACUGAUGAUGAACUGGGUGUGUUGAAAGAGCUACCAAAUAAAAACUUUUUGUUGAGUAAAACUGAGUAUGAAGAAGUUCUCUAUGGAUUAGUGGAUAUAUUGUAUGCUUAUUGCUAUGACAAACGAAGUACUUUGAAUGAGAGUACAGUGGAAUCAGGGUGGACUAUAAAUAAAUUGUCAGCAACCCUGAGCUGGUUCUGUACAUUUAGAGACAUGAAGGAGGUCCUCACCACCUGUUAUAGACGAGCUUUAAUAUACCCCAUAUUCAGAAACUAUGAUCUAUGCAUUAAAGUAAAAAAUGACCUUGUAUCUCUCUUCAAACUGGGGAAGAAAUUCAUAGUAAAAUGUAUGAUUGAAAUACACCAAUUAUUUAAUGCAAGCAAUGAUGCAAGAUACAUUUUAAAUCAAUUAUACAUAAGGGAUUAUCUGAUAUUCCUACAAAAAUGUAGGAAUGAGGAGUUGGAUGAACUUUGCAACAAUAUUGCAAAUAUUGAAAUAUCGAAAGAUGAUUUAGAACUGGACAUUGUGGAGUUAGAAGAAGCUGCGGAGUUAGUGAAACAAGAGGAGGUUGAUAGCAUUGUGGAAAAUGAAGUUGCCGUGAAGAUGGCAUCCAUGUCCUUGCUAACAGGUUUACAUCGAACAAAUCCUGUGUAUAUUGAGGGAGAAAGUGAUGAAUCUGAUUCAAGCGAUUCAUCGGACUCUUCGGAUUCCUCCGAUGAUUCUUCGGAUGAGUUGGACUCCGAUGAUGAUCCCUCUUGACAAAGAUAUGGCUUGUAGCAAUCAAGCAGCAAAGGCUUGUGAACAAUUGAGACUGAUAGCUUAAGAUGAGCAAGUAAUUCGGAGAUCAGUAGUACGGACAGAAUAAUAAUUUGUGUAUGUGAAUUAAAGUGAAUCUCAAUGCAAAUGUUUCUCAAGCCGGGACUUUUAGUGUCAUA